AUGGGGAAUCCCCUGCUCAAGCAGUAUCAUGUCGACAGCGAUCCGCUCAUUCGAGGCACCCGGCACGGCCGAUGGACCGUUCACAGCGGGUACCACCUCGACAGGCCGAAUGUUCCUGUCUCUCUCUUUGUGUCUCAGGUUCACAGCGGGUACCACCUCGACAGGCCGAAUGUUCCUGUCUCUCUCUUUGCAUGCAAUUUGAAGGCCCCUGAGUUUGCUGCUCUUCCCCCCGAUGGCUCUGUGCUGCAGCAGCUGCGCGAGCUGCUGCAGCAGGACGCCCAGCUGCUGCAGCGGCUGCGGCAUCCACGGCUGCUGCAGGUGGUAGAGCCGCUGCAGCAGGGCAAGGACUCAUGGGUAUUCUGCACGAAGCCUGUCUCUACUUCUCUUAAAUCUCUUCUGGGGGCCCCCACAGCAAGAGGGGGCCCCCAAGCAUCAGGGGGGGGCCCCUCAGGGUACUCCCCCCCCGAUUCAGCGAGGGGCCCCAGCCCUCGCAGCAGCGCGAUCACGAGCCUGAGCAGCAGCAGCAACCCUCCUAGCAGCAGCAGCAGCAUGAGCAGCAGCGGCAGCAGCAGCAGCAGCAGCAGCAGCAGCAGGUUAUAUAGAAGAUAUGAGGAUCUGGGGGCGGAGGCGUGGCGCUGUGCCCGCCGCUGCGUUACACCGCGCCGGAGGUUUCGGGUGUAUGUCCAGCUGCUGUAUGCACAGCAGCAGAUGUAUUUUCUUUUUGUCUUCUUGUUUGUGAGUGUUUGGGGGCAACCAAUCUACCCUCAUGCAGAGAUGGAGACACAGAAACACACCGUCAACAGUGUUCUAUGCUGUCCCCUCUGCGUCCGUCUAUGUUUCCUCCGGGUUCUCUUUUUCAAGAAGCAGCAGCAGGAGCAUCAGCAGCAGCAGGAGGAGCAGCAGCAGCAGCAGCAGAAGCAGCAGCAGCAAGAGAUUUCUUAG